ACUUCCCCGAGCUGUGGAAGUAGACUUCUUUGCCUUCAUGCCACCGCAGGGGUGACAACAGAGCCACACACAGAGCACCAGAUCAGACCUACAGCGGUCAAGCAUCAGCAGCCGCUCCGGUGAUCCGCUCUGUUCGGGAGAUUAAUCACACGCAACCUGACGAGAUGAGCAGCACAAAGAAGAUGGAGGAUGAGGCGGUGCUGGACCGGGGGGCGUCCUUACUCAAGCACAUCUGUGACGAGGAGGAGGUAGAGGGUCACCACACCGUUUACAUUGGCGUGCACGUGCCCAAGAGCUAUCGGCGUCGGAGGCGUCACCGUCGGAAAACCGGCCACAAGGACAGAAAGGAGAGGUUGACGGAGAACACCUCGGACAAGUCGGACACAGACAACAACGAUGAGCCCAGCAACAGCAUCCUCAAACCUCUCAUUUCACCGGCAGCCGAGAGGAUCCGCUUCAUACUCGGUGAGGAAGAUGAUGGCCCGGCACCCCCUCAACUCUUCACGGAGUUGGAUGAGCUGCUGUCGGUGGAUGGACAGGAGAUGGAGUGGAAGGAGACGGCCAGGUGGAUCAAGUUUGAGGAGAAGGUAGAGAAAGGAGGUGAACGCUGGAGUAAACCCCACGUGGCCACGCUGUCCUUACACAGCCUCUUUGAGCUGCGGACGUGCAUAGAGAAGGGCACCAUCAUGCUGGACCUGGAAGCUUCCACUCUACCUCAGGUUGUUGAGCUGAUCACAGACAACCAAAUACAGAUCGGCCAGCUGAAGCCAGAGCUGAAGGACAAAGUGAUGUACACGUUGCUCCGGAGACAUCGCCACCAGACCAAGAAGUCCAACCUGCGCUCUCUGGCUGACAUCGGGAAGACGGUCUCCAGUGCAAAUAGUCCUGCUACAACUCCCCGGAACCUGACCUCCAGCAGUAUGAACGACAUUUCUGACAAACCAGAAAAAGACCAGCUGAGGAACAAGUUCAUGAAGAAGUUGCCGAGAGACGCCGAGGCCUCCAAUGUGCUGGUGGGGGAGGUGGACUUCCUGGACUCACCGUUUGUGGCGUUUGUUCGUCUGCAGCAAGCUGUGAUGCUGGGAGCCUUAACAGAGGGUCCCUUGGGUACAAAUUUUUUAUUCAUCUUGCUUGGACCCAAAGGCAAAGCCAAUUCGUACCAUGAGAUUGGCCGAGCCAUCGCCACGCUGAUGUCAGAUGAGGUAUUUCAUGACAUUGCGUAUAAGGCCAAGGACAGAGAAGACCUGCUGGCCGGUAUCGAUGAGUUCCUGGACGAGGUGAUCGUGCUUCCUCCUGGAGAGUGGGAUCCAGCCAUCAGGAUAGAGCCUCCCAAAUCCCUGCCCUCCUCUGACAAAAGGAAAAACAUGUAUGCAGGAGGAGACUCUCAUAUGAACGGAGACAUGCCUCAUGGAGGUCACGGAGGAGGGGGACACACUACAGGGGACGAGCUGAAGAAGACCGGAAAGUAUGAAAUUGUUUGUGGGGGUCUCCUACUUGACAUCAAGAGAAAAGUGCCCUUCUUUGUCAGUGACUUCACCGAUGCAAUUCACAUCCAGUCCUUGUCGGCCAUUUUGUUUAUCUACCUGGGAACUGUGACGAACGCCAUCACUUUCGGGGGUCUGCUGGGGGACGCUACAGAAAACAUGCAGGGUGUGUUGGAGAGUUUUCUGGGCACAGCGAUCACCGGGGGGAUUUUCUGUCUGUUUGCCGGCCAGCCUCUCACCAUCCUCAGCAGCACAGGUCCUGUUCUGGUGUUUGAACGGCUGCUCUUCAAUUUCAGCAGAGAUAAUGAAUUUGACUACCUGGAGUUCCGCCUGUGGAUCGGCCUGUGGUCGGCGUUCUACUGCCUGGUGCUCGUGGCCACUGACGCCAGCUACCUGGUUCAGUACUUCACCCGCUUCACUGAGGAGGGCUUCUCCUGCCUCAUCAGCUUCAUCUUCAUCUACGAUGCCUUCAAGAAGAUGCUCAAACUAACUCACCACUACCCCAUCAACUCAGAUUUCAAGAUGGACUACGUGACACAAUAUGAAUGCCUCUGUAUGGCCCCCGGCUUUCUUAGGUGAGAUGUUGUUUAACUUUGGGUGAACAGUACAGAUGUGGUUGGAGAUGCUUCAAGCUGGUACUGGAACAACACUGAACUGCCAAUGAACGCCACAUGGUCGUCCCUGUCAAAGACGGACUGCUUGAAGUACAAUGGAGAGCUGGUGGGGAAUGCCUGCGACUAUGUCCCCGACAUCUCCCUCAUGUCCUGCAUCCUGUUCUUAGGCACUUACACCUGCUCCAUGUGUCUGAAGAAGUUCAAGACCAGCCAGUUCUUCCCCACCACUGUUAGGAAACUCAUCAGUGACUUUGCCAUCGUUCUGGCUAUCUUGAUCUUCUGUGGAGUGGGAUAUGCUCGUAGAGUGGAAACUCCUAAACUUAUUGUGCCAACUGAAUUCAAGCCUACAAGUCCCAAACGAGGCUGGUUUGUGCCCCUGUUCGGAGGAAACCCCUGGUGGGUUGACCUGGCGUCGGCUCUCCCUGCCCUGCUGGUCACCAUACUGGUGUUCAUGGACCAACAGAUUACUGCUGUGAUCGUCAACAGGAAGGAGCACAUGCUGAAGAAAGGGGCAGGCUACCAUCUGGAUCUGUUCUUGGUGGCCAUUCUGCUUAUUGUGUGCUCCUUCAUGGGUCUGCCGUGGUACGUGGCCGCCACGGUCAUCUCCAUCGCUCACAUCGACUCUCUGAAGAUGGAGACGGAAACAUCGGCUCCUGGAGAGCAGCCCAAGUUCCUGGGUGUGAGAGAGCAGAGGGGGUCACUGGGUGUGGCUGUGUUCAUCCUGACAGGACUGUCUGUAUUUAUGUCUCCUAUCUUAAAGUUCAUCCCCAUGCCAGUGCUGUAUGGAGUCUUCCUAUACAUGGGAGUUGCCUCUCUCAAUGGCGUGCAGUUCAUGGAUCGUCUGAAGCUGCUCCUGAUGCCAGCAAAGCAUCAGCCGGACCUGGUGUACCUGCGACACGUUCCCCUCAGGAAGGUCCACCUCUUCACCUUCAUCCAGAUCCUCUGCUUGGCUCUGCUCUGGGUCCUCAAGUCCACCGUGGCCGCCAUAGUUUUCCCUAUCAUGAUCCUCGCUCUGGUGGCCGUCAGGAAAGGGAUGGACUACAUGUUCUCCCAGCAUGAACUGGGCUUCCUGGACGACGUCAUCCCGGAGAAGGACAAGAAGAAGAAGGAGGACGAGAAGACGAAAAAGAAAAAACGAAGCAGCAUAGACAGCGACGCUGAAGACUCUGACUAUCCUCCUUACAAUGAGAAAGUUCCCAGCAUUAAAAUCCCCAUGGACAUGAUGGAGGAGGAGCCUUUCUUAAGUGAUAAGGCCUCCGACAGAGAGAAGUCCCCAUCAUCCCUUGAACGACACACAUCGUGCUGAGCAGCUUCGCUACUACCAGGCCAACUACCUGUCCAGCCCUGAGAUGAGUCCCCUGAAGACUGUGCCUCGGAUUACCAUCGACAUGGACCCAGACGAUGAUAAUUCAUUUUACUGGAAGAGCAGAGGAUCGGAAACGUCUCUGUAGAGCACCGAACCACCGCCAGGCGACUCUCUCUCUCAUUUCCCUUUUUAAAAAAUAUAGAUUUUAACUCCAAAAUCCUCUCCACCAUUUUCUGACUUUAUUCAAAGUAUGUGGGAAAGAAAACAAAGGGAAAACACUGAGGAAAAUAAAACCACCAUAUGUAAAACCAUUUCUUAUCUGACACUUUUGCUCACCUCUGCACAGUAGGCUGGUAGCUCUUCCCUCUUCCUCUAUGAAAUGCUGCAGCUCUUUGACCUUGCAUGAAAUCCCUCCCUGCUCCUUUUUAUAAAAAUAUAUAUAAAUAUCAUCGGUCUGAAUUUUUUUAUAAAUCAAUUUACUCUAAUUACGAUUUCCUGUAGCAGGAAAAUUAUGUUUUUUUGUAUAGCUCUACCUCUUGUUUUUAGAUUAAAUGCUUAUUAUAAACAAAUGCAACAUGUUGAUUUUUGACGUGGCAUGGGCUUUUGUUAUUUUCUCUUUCCUCUUGAGAGUUGAAAUUAUUCAAGAGGUUCACUGUAUUAUAGCGGACGGAAAUGUGUUUGAAUAGAAUAUUUGAAGUUAAUUAACAGUUAAUUAACAAUGCAUAUAUGAUGCAGAUGAGGUAAAUAUUGUAUUAUCACUUUUUGUUGUGGUUUUAAUUCCUCCACCUUCUCUUUCUAAUUUUCUCAACCUUUCUGAAACGUUUUCACUUCAAAACUUUUGUUACUCUUAAAUCAAAUCCUUUCUUUAUCUUUUUUUUAAAUGAUUAUUUUGUGUGUAUGUUGGUAACUUUUUCUUAUGUCCUUUUUUCCCUCUUUUGUGGGUAGAAAAGAGUUGAGCGAUACGUUAUCAUCAGAAUUUCCUCAGCCAAACUUAAAUAAUACCUAGGAACGCAUUUCAUAUAAUCACUUUUGCUGCACAAACUACUUUACCUAAGUGGCUUAUAAGAGAUCGAUUCCGACUGAAAAUAUUAUCGUGACGAGGAAUUAUGAGAAGGGAAUCAGAUCCAUGUGAACUUCAUGCAGCGGGUUUAUUUCUUCUUGUCUCAGCUGCUGUCGGAACUAUCUGAUGUGAAAAUGGUAUCACUUGUUUCUUAUGUUUUAUAUAUAUUUAAAAUUUGGAUUUUCUUCAAGUCUUUCCUUAUAAUAGUACUACUCAGAGGCAGUACUGUGUGUACACCAGGGAGUUAUUGGUCGCUGUCUUCAAUCUUUUCUGUACUUUGCAAAGUUUGCUUAUUCAUACGGGAACAUCUGUGUGCAAAAUGUCUCCUUUCGUUCAUGUCCAGAUUUUGCCUUGAGUAGUUAAAACAAAUCUAGAAAGACUUUAUGCCACACAGGAAGUUAGCAUAAAAGGCUAACUUCCUUUACAUUCAAACUAGCUAAAAGUCUAUUUUAUUUGAAAAAUAAAGUUUCACGACACAUUGAAUUUGAGACAUUUUGAAUGGAUAAAUGUUGGCUAGCAUAUCCUACACAUACUGAAGUUAAAUGAUUAGCUUUAAGAUUCAUUUUGUUCAGGAUUGUACAUGUUUUGUCCUUGACAUCUUUCUUUUUGUUACGGUGUGGUAGCAUUAGGAAGAUAUUGUUUCUCGUCCAGUAUGGAGAGGAAUGAUUACAGCGAACAAUAACUCAAUAUGCUCGUACAUAGACUGCUUAAAAUCCAAACAUCUCCUCAAACAAGGAUUUAUUAUCAAUCUGCUGAAAUGAGGCAGAACAUGUUGUACAAACUGUGUUGCUACAGAGUGCCCAGCGCGUCCACACUGUCACAGCCAGAGAUAAAACGUUGACUUUUAUUGACCAGUAUUACCAACUAAAAAACUGUUUUUCAUUACAUUAUCUCCACUUUAUCUCUAAAGGGCACACUGACGCACUUUCUCACAAGUAGGAUUUAAAUUCUUAAUUCUUCUCUGUCUUCAUCACCACUAUAGAAAUAAAUUCAAACUGAGUGAUUCAUGAGCCGCCUUCCUCCUAUGUAAAUCAUGUACAUAUAAAGGCACUUCGGCUCAAACCAAAAUGCAACAAGUUUCUUCGUACCAUCGCGGUUUUUGUCUUGCAACUCGUUUUUGUUUCAGUUCAUCAACCUAAAUACCAGCAUCAGCUACACUCCACAUCAGUGUUUGUAUUUGUCAGCAGCAGCGAGGGAGCACAGCGUGUGGAGAACUGUUAGUUUAAAGUGUGUUGUUCUGUCAGCAUGUCGGACAAAAGUCGACAACAUCAAAUGAAGUAUCUUGUUAAUGAUGUUAAUUUUAGCCUACGGAAUAAAUAAUGAUACGAUGUUUCUUUUGAUUAACGUUUUGUGACUUUUUAGAAACAGGUGAAAUGGUUUCUUUUAGAAUUUAUAUUUUUCAAAAUGAAAUGUAUAUUGGAAAUAAACUGAAUUAUCAAACAGUGAUGGUGUGCUGCUUUUCAGUCUGGUGGAAGAAACUACAAUUGAUAUAUUACUGUGUUAUGAUACAUUAUUAUAUAGCUGAGCAAUGUCAGCAUGGCUCUCAUGUGGAAUAUGAACGGUAGCAUAACGAUUAAUUUAUUAAUACAUUAAAAGUAUAUCAAACAA